AUGCGCGCCUUCCGCGUGCGCAAUCCCGCCACGACGCACUCCGCCGAGUGGAUACGGCGGCAGAUCACUGACCGCUACACUCUGCAGGCGCAGGUGGACAACUAUCGCAGUCGCGCUGCGUACAAGCUGCAGGAGCUCGACGACCGGUUCCUGCUGCUGCGCAAGAGCCAGGUGGUGGUGGAGCUCGGGUGCUACCCCGGAGGGUGGUCGCAGGUGUGCCUAGAGCGCACGCUGGCGGGCGCCUCGGAUGCCCGGGUGAUCGGCGUGGACCGGCUCCAGAUGGACCCGAUGCCCAAUUUUACUUUCAUCAAGGGCGACAUCACCGACGAAACCACCCACGCGCACCUGCUCUCCGCGAUGGGCGGGGCGAAGGCUGACGUGGUGCUGAGCGACCUCGCUCCGGCCUGCACCGGCGUGAAGCAGGACGACCACCUGAACUCCACCGAGUUGUGCAUGCAGGCGGCGCAGCUCAUGGAGCGACUCAUAGCCGUCGGCGGCGCGUUUGUGGUGAAGAUAUUCAUGGGCGGGCAGCUGACGAACUACCGUACCUACCUGCAGAGCCAGUUCAAGACGGUGCACUCCGCCAAGCCGAAGGCGUGCCGAUCUGAAUCCAAGGAGAUGUACUUCGUUUGCAAGGGCUUCCUGGGCGCGCGCAACCUGCGCUCUGAUGUGCAGACCCGCGGCAGUUUCUACCCCAAGGAGGGCCGGCUGUAG